AAGACAUUAAUUAAAUUAAUUAAUUAAUACCAUCACAAGGGAGCGGCCCCUCAUCAGUUGCUCAAGACAGUAGAUUUGGGCACAGACCAAUUCACUAAACAUCUGCUGUGAUUCCCCCUCCACAGUUCUCCUUCCAGGGGAGAGAGCAGUUUGUUAAACAGCCUGAUCUUAAAAAAAUAAAUAAAAUCACAGUGGAGCCAGGAGGCGACUGGGCAUCGUGUCCAUCACUCAGUAGCUGUGACACGUCCGCCGGCAGGGGUCGCCCUACGUCCUGGAAAUCCGCUGCAGGCAGGCACCUGGGGCUGGGUUUAUUGGCGGUUCUAUUGCUGUCGCAACUGGAGUUUGGUCUCGCAGGAGAGGAACGCGCGAGUCCCGCCAGCCAGAGCGCGCAGCUUCCUUCCCUGCAGCCGGCGCUUCCCUGGCGUCCUUGUGUGGUGCUGGCCGAGCAGGUCUGGCAGAGGGCGCUGCCCCUCCCUGGGAGCCGCUGGAGGAGGAUGCGCUCAGAGCCGCGCCAUGGGGAGCUCGGUGAGGAAGGGCAAAGCGGUGCUGCCGGUGGAACCCGCUGCCCGCCCCAGCAGGGAGCAGCCCCACCGAGCAGCAACAGAAGAUUAUCACCAUGAAGCUCAGAAUGCAAACAAUGGACAAGCCAUUACAGCUUCCUGCAAAAAUAAAGAUACAGACCUGCAGUUUAAAAUACAGGCCUACAUAGAUAAAAACACUGUUAUGAUCUUCAGUAACACAGCGUGCAGUCUCUCUGCUAAGGUGAAAGAACUGUUCAAAUCCAUGAGCGUUCCCUACUGUUCACUUGAACUAGACCAGACAGAGGAUGGGCAGAAGCUGCAAGACGUACUAUAUGAACUAACCAUGGAAACUUCAGUACCAAUUGUAUUUGUGCAACAGAAGCAAAUAGGAGAUUAUGACAAAACUUUAAAGGCACAUAAGGAAGGAAAGAUUCAAAAACUACUUGAAACAAAGGGACAUGAUCACAUGCAGGAUUCCUAUGACUAUGAUCUCAUUGUCAUUGGAGGGGGUUCUGGAGGUCUGGCUGCUUCCAAGGAGGCUGCCAAGUAUGGCAAGAAAGUGAUGGUGCUGGACUACGUUACUCCUACUCCUCAGGGAACUAGAUGGGGUCUUGGAGGGACGUGUGUAAAUGUGGGUUGUAUACCUAAAAAACUGAUGCACCAGGCAGCUUUGCUAGGACAAGCCUUACAAGAUUCACGCAAGUUUGGAUGGCAGUUUGAGGAGAAAGUCAAACACAGCUGGGAGACAAUGACAGAAGCUGUUCAGAAUUACAUUGGCUCUCUCAACUGGGGCUACAGGGUGUCUUUGAGAGAGAAGAAGGUCACAUAUGAGAAUGCUUUCGGAGAAUUUGUUGGGCCGCACACAAUUAAGGCAACAAAUAACAAAGGAAAAGAGAAAUUUUACACAGCGGAGAAAUUUCUGAUUGCCACUGGUGAAAGGCCGCGCUACCUGGGUGUCCCUGGAGACAAGGAAUACUGCAUUACCAGUGAUGAUCUCUUCUCUCUGCCUUACUGUCCAGGAAAGACCCUGGUGGUUGGAGCUUCCUACGUUGCCCUUGAAUGUGCUGGAUUUCUUGCAGGUCUUGGUUUGGAUGUAACUGUAAUGGUGCGAUCCAUCCUUUUAAGAGGAUUUGAUCAGGAAAUGGCAAACAAAAUUGGGGAACAUAUGGAAGAACAUGGAGUCAAGUUUAUUAAAGAGUUUGUGCCAAUUAAAGUCGAACAGAUUGAAGAAGGAACUCCUGGCAAACUGAAAGUCAUAGCCCAGUCCACAGACGGCAGGGAAAUAAUUGAAGGGGAAUACAACACUGUGUUGUUAGCAGUAGGAAGAGAUGCAUGCACAAGGACAAUUGGUUUAGACAGAGUUGGAGUGAAGAUCAAUGAAAGAUCAGGAAAAAUUCCUGUCAGUGAUGAGGAACAAACAAAUGUGCCUUAUAUUUAUGCCAUUGGAGAUGUGUUGGAGGGGAAGCUGGAGCUCACGCCAGUGGCAAUCCAAGCAGGUAGAUUGUUGGCUCAAAGGCUUUAUGCUGGAGCAACCUUAAAGUGCGACUAUGUGAAUGUUCCAACCACAGUAUUCACACCACUGGAAUAUGGAGCCUGUGGAUUCUCAGAAGAGACAGCAUUGGAGAAGUUUGGGGAGGAAAAUAUUGAGGUUUACCAUAGUUAUUUCUGGCCACUGGAGUGGACUGUCCCAUCUAGAGACAACAACAAAUGCUAUGCAAAGAUAAUCUGCAAUAUUCAAGAUAAUGAGCGAGUUAUUGGUUUCCAUGUGCUUGGUCCAAAUGCUGGAGAAGUUACCCAGGGGUUUUCGGCAGCCAUCAAAUGUGGACUGACAAAAGCGCAGUUGGACAACACAAUAGGAAUUCAUCCAGUUUGUGCAGAGAUAUUCACCACGCUGUCAGUGACGAAGCGUUCUGGUGGAAAUAUCCUUCAGUCUGGCUGCUGAGGUUAAUCACCCCCAUUGUUGUGGCAUUUGCCAGAGACUGACUUUCAUCACCACGGCUGACUUGUGCAAGGCAGAAGAAAACAUCUCCAAACAAGCUGUCCUCCUCAUCCUCGGCAGCGGGCACCCCAUUCACCAAAGCAUUCACUUAACUGAAUGAGAAAAAUAGAUUGGGAUUUGUUAGUCACUCGUGAUGAUUGGAUGGCAAUCGGCAAAACAGUGGGAGUAUUUAACAUCAAACUGCUGCUUGGCAAGGCAUCUACAGGAUGCUUCCAUGAUGUCGCAGCCUAAACCCAGUAUUUUCUGGUAGGCAGCGAUGGAAGAACUGCUGGCACGGUUUCAAAAUAACCCUUUUCUCCUAAAUGAAAAGCUUCCUAACUUAAUUGUGUAACCAUAAGUACUGAUAGUUCUAUGGUAUCUCCAUGUACUGCAUUAUAAAACAGUAUGAUGGUAACACUUCCUCAGUGAACCUGCAUAUCAUCAGAUCACAGUAAUGCAGCAGGUGAAGUAUGAGUAUAGAGGGGUGAUCUUAUCUCAUGUUUCAUUCUGAGUCGCAAAAUAGCCUGUCACGUACAUUUAGCCAUAAUUAGCAAUAUCCAGAAUAGCAAGUCUUUUUUGGCUUCCAAAAAUCCUAAAACCAAAAUUAAUCCCUCAUAGUUCCUUAUCCUAGAGAUGAAUACUUGUUACCACGGUUGCCCCUUGUACUAGCCUUUGUGAAAGGAAAAUGUUUAUCUUGAAAAGGCCUUGUCUACAU